UCGUUGUUCGCCCGCGCUCCGCUACGGACUCCUCGCUCGUGUGUUUCGCAUUCCUCGUUUCGUUUUCGGCCCCCUGACAACGGUCGUCAAGUCGGUGAAGCCCAUGAUCAGGUAGUCUGAAACUCGCGUUUCGUUGUUUCGUUUCGUACGAAGCUGUGUGUGUCGUCGCGGCUGUGUCCAUCAUGGCUCCGCGUGUUUCGGUUGUGAUGCUGGCGUGUUUCGUCGGUGUUAUGUUUGUGGAUGUUGGUGGUGCGCUGGGAGAGGCGAUGACCGUCCAGAGGAAGAUCAUGGAAGACGCCGAUCUGAGCCAGUUCUACUCAGUGUUGGAACGGAGUCGGCAGGCAAUGGCAUCAUUGGAGUACAGUGCUCUGACAAUCUUCGCACCUACAAAUAAGGCAUUCCAGUACAAAAGCUCAAAUUUUGAUGACCUAGCACUGUACCAUCUUUGUAAUGUGCCACAGAAUUUGAACCAACUUGGUGGUUCCAUCUCCACAGAGCUUGGCGGCAGUCCACCCCUGUGGGUCACUCGACGCAACUACAACAACAGACAAGACAUUUACGUAAACAAUGCCAAAGUCAUCGCGCACCGCUCCAACUACCAGCAAGCUAAUGCCAAUGGCAAGAAGCAGGUUUUGCACAUAAUUGAAGAAGUUCUUGAGCCAAUCAUCACUCAGUCGGAUGCUGGGUUCUACAAUCCUGAUGCCUUCCAAUUUUUAAAUUACACCGAAAGUAUAAAUAAUUUAGAUUUUACCGUUAGAGCUUUCCGAAAUCAAGUUUUCUACAACGACAAGACUGAUCUAUACAAAAAUGCUGGCAGGCACACAUUUUUCAUUCCGGUUGAUGACAAGUUCAUGAGUCAAGUAAGACCUGGGAAGAUUGAUCAAAAGGUUAUCGACGGACAUAUCAUUGCAAACCAUGUCCUUUUCACGAACCCAACACCAGACGAUGUUAAAUACCAGUCCAUGGCUUUCACUGAUAUGCUGAAAGUUAUGAUUUCCUUCAAAAAAGAAGUGGAGGGCAAAGAUGUGCGAGUCUAUGUGAAAAGUGAUACAGUCGUUGGAGACUCCACCCAUCAAACUGGUGUUGUCCUUGCGGAAAUCGUAAAAGCAAACAUUCCUGUGAAAAAUGGAGUUGUUCAUCUCAUCAGCCGACCUUUAAUGGUCGUCGACAACACUGUGCACCAAUUUUUGAAGUCUUUUGAGGGCAUUAACCAAGAAGAUGGACCGUUGUUCAGAUUUUAUAGUGCCAUUUACGAUGCCCAACCAGAGUUCAUGGACCAUUUGACUCGAAUGAAGGAGUUGACACUCCUGGCCCCCUCAAACAAUGCCUGGAGAGACCCUGCUGUCAACAACAUCUUACGGAACAAGACAAAGCUCCAAGAAAUUCUGUAUCUGCACUUGGUCCCGUCCCGUUUGUCAGUCGAACGAAUUCAAGACAUGGCUAAUCAGCAGCAAGUCAAUACAAUGGCGAACCGGAAGAGCUUGUACUUCAAUGUCCUUCAGCACGGCGACAACAAGACAGUAACUGUUGAAGGAGCAGGAGUAAAUGCGACUGUUGUUCAACCAGAUAUCGCUGCGACCAAUGGAAUUAUUCACAUCAUUGACAGGGUGCUAGGUGUCCCGUUCAUGACAGUCGGCAGAAAAAUAGCAACGGACCCUAUGUUGAACGACACAUACUGGCUCGGACAGAAUCUGAACUUCAAUGACCAAUUAGACGACAUGAGCAGGAGAUACACUUACUUUGUUCCCAGAGACUAUGCUUGGAAGAAGAUGGAGGUGCAAUAUCCGUCUGCAUAUAAGAAAUUUUUCAUGAGAGAUUAUGGUUAUAACGACGUGUAUGAAAAUUUACAGGUGAAGCAAAUUCUGGAGCGGCACCUUGUCAUUGCCGAUCAAGCGUACACGAUGAACGAACUCAAAGAAAUGUCUCACCUGUCCGGAUACCUCAAUCUCAGGCUUCCAACAUCUCGAGACGUGCUCACCGUUUCAGUAACGGAAAGCAGUGAUCGAAGUUUCUUCAUUGAAUGGAACAACGAAAAAAUCCAUGUCUUUCGUGCGGACGUUGAGUGUACAAAUGGAAUAAUCCAUGUCAUCGAUUCCGUGUUCUACCAGGAAGGUGACAUUCGUGUCAACACUGGUGCCAUCACCGCAUCUAGUUUUUCACUCGUAUGUCUCACAUUCUCAUCAGCACUGAUACGUCUUUUCAAUUCUGUCUAGUCAUCACAAUUUGCAGCAAUACGAUUUGAAAUUUAGAUAGGAACAAAAUGUUUUCAAAUCUCUUUGGUCUCCUGCUGGAAUCAGGCCAAAAGCUUUUGAUUGAAUCUCCCUCAAUGCAAGUCGAUAUUCUUUUUUUUUUAAUUUUUUUUUUUUACAAAUUUUCCUCAUGAAAAUCCCUUAUCUUUAUUUUGGUCUCUCAAGAAGAGAUUUUCAACUUUUAUUUUCUUCCUCUUCUUUUGUCUGAAUUCUAAUUUUUGCCGCUGGGCAGUGUUCUGAUGUUUUAUUUGUACUAAUUUUUUUUCUUCUUUUUUUUUACUGGUCCAGUUGAUUAGGUACGAUAUUAUCAUCGUAGAACUUUCAAAAUGACGGUUCUGUUUUCUGACAGGCUUGUUUUAAUUCCAUGUCUCAAUUUAGUUUUGCUUACGCCUCUAUGUUGGUUGACAUUAUUUAUUCUCUUUCCUCACGUUUCUUUCAAUAUACAGGGUGUCUUUUUUCAGUAUUGUAAAGGAAUAAUCGUAUCAUUGAUUAUUUUCAAUUUUAGACUUUGAAAGCAUUCAUCCCAUUUUUAGUUAAUUAAAUUAUUGAAAUCUGAGGAAGAAAGGUUCUCAUGUCUCUAUCAUUUUGUUCAUUUCCAGUUCCAAACGUGUAAAUGAUCGAUGUAAAGAUUCAGGGAAUUUUUAUCCCAUGAGUCUGCAGACACCCUGUACUCUUAAUUAUCAAAAAAUACGACCUUCUCGAUAGGAUUCAAGGAUAGACACCAUGUAUCCCUUCUGUCAAAAUUAUUUCUUAUAAGUUGUCAGCCUAGUCUUGUGUUCAUUGAACUGUCCAUGAACAUGUAUAUAAAAUACUUGAAGAUAUUGUAAUUAUGACUGUUGUACAUAUAGGUGUAGUAUAAGAUAUUGUAGGAUAGUGUAAUUUUACUAAUUUGUGAUUCUAUGCCUGGCAGUUGAAUGUCCAGUGAAAUCAAAUUUGUUAUAAACAAAUGAAGGAAUAAGUCCGGUUACUUAAAAGUAUUAAAAUUAUCUUGUUCUUAGCUUCGAAGGAACCAUUUUUACUUUUGUUUGUAUUAUCUUAUGAAGAGACUGUUUUAAUCCUAUUAUAUUUGCUUUUGUACCUAACGUCUCAACCUCUAAAUGUAAUAGGUCAACUUAGAAGUCUGAAAAGCCAUUCCUAAUGUUUUUAUUUUAUUUUAUCGGACGUUUAGGACCGUUUACAUAGUUUUUCCUUUAACAUCUCCUUUCCUUGGGGACUCAUAUGGGUUGACCAACGGAGGAUCAAGGGAAUACUUGAGUAAGCAUCAUAAGGAGAAAAUUUUUUUCAAGCUUAAAGUGAAAUUCAUGAGUAUGAGUUUGGAGAUAAAUCCUCGCGAAGAGUGAAAAUAACUAACCCCUGUUAACAGGGUAAGUGCGAACCUCUGUUAGUCAUGAAGUAAACCCUACGGUUUCUCCUCAGGAAAGGUGCUGUUAAGCAAAGGACUAUGAAUUCAGCCCUAUUAGUAGCAGAACGAACCAUAAAAAGAACUGAUGUAAAACAAUUCCGUUCGCUGGACUGUGAAUGAAUCUUGAUCAUUUUUAGGCUCAUUGAGCCUUUAAAAUUUCCUAUUCAAUCCAUGAAAGUGAAAUCACUUGUAAGUGAUAAUUUUUAAGCUUUGUAAACAAAAAAUUUGUCCGUAAAUCAAUUUUUAAUUUCCAAUCUAUGGAGCAAUGCACAACUGUCUCUAUCUGCGCUUGCACUGAAAGGCAAGUCAAUGAAUCAUCAGUUUACCCAGUAAUUGAUAACACUGGUAGUAUGUUGUCAUUUUAUUGUGUUUUUAGAAAAUUCAACGUUUUCCGUGUGAUUUCACCACGUUUUGGAUAAUUUCAUUGUGUUCCUUGUAAUUUUUCUGUCUCUCUAGUAGUUUUACCAUCUGGUGGUUAGUGUUCCUAUCGCUGGUUAAAAAAAAGUCUUUAAAAUUUUCUGAGUCUGAUUGAAAUUUCUGGAAACGCAGUAAAUACUGGAGCACAGUAAAACUCACUGUUAAUUCCAGGUAGUUAUUGAUCGCCAGGAAAGCUGACAAUGGGCCUGUAGACAAUGUAUGAAUUAGGCCUGGAAAUCAACUCCUACACAAGAUAUAUGUGUUUUAAAUUAACAUCGGUUCAAUACCAAGUAGCAGUGAUCGCGAUAAGUUGCGAUUUGAUCGGAGAAUACAUGGCAGUUUCAUGGAUGUCAAUUUGUUGCAAUAUUAGCGGAUAAAAAAUUGUGAUUCCAUUGCAUAAGUUUGCAAGAAAAUUUGGAUAUUAUCGUCGGCGAUCCAUCGCAAUAUUAUCAAACAAAAAACGCGAUAAAUUGAUCCGACUUUUUGUUCAGUAAUAUUGCGAUGGAUCAAGAUUAAAUUUUGAUUGUAUCGAGUAUAUAUAAAUCUAUUUUAUCGGGUAUCGAUAAAUUGACAUGCUUUUUUGUUUGAUAAUAUUGCGAUGGAUCAAGAUUUAAAUUUAAUUUUUUGAACUCGAUUUUAUAGGGAUAAAAUCACAGUAAAAUCGAGGAUAAUUGCUCAGAUGUUGAUAAUCCUAGCAAUUUCACUGCCCAAAAAUCGUAAAUUAAUCGCAACUUAAUUUCAAAAUAUCGCGAUUUUUCAGUUCAAAAAUGCUACUUGGGAAGGCAAAAAUACAAAUGACGCAAUUAGUAUCAUCUAACCUUGUUUCUUCUGUGUAUAAAAUACCUGCUAAUAUCUCGUUGAGUGAAUCGUUCUCUACGUAAGAUUUUGAAAAGAAAAUUUGUGCUGUUUUUCCUAGUUCAGACCUUGUCUAGUGGCUAAUUUCAUAGACUUCUUUGGUGUGGGUCACUAGGAUUCCUCAGCUUUCCUUUUUUAUCCUGACAGGGUAAAGGGUUGAACUGAAGCCAUAGUGCAAGUUUUGAUAUUGUAGUUGAUGUAUCUAAAAAAUUAAACAAUUCAAAAUUAGUUUAUUAAUCUUUUAGCCUAUUUUUGUAUCUCAAUUGCAUUUUCCGGAGGCCGUGAGGUAUUUUCUUUUUUUAAAGGCGACGUGUUGAUUAAUUUUUUAAUGUUUACUAGAAAUCGUUCAGCGUAAAAACUGAUGUAGUGCAAGUAGCUCUUAAAUUUUGGACCAGCGUGUCCUGAUGAAUUACUUCAACUUGUAUAAAAUGUUGUUAAAUAGUGCAUAAUACUUGAGGGCUAGCUUACCUCGUAGAGUUUCUGUCUUUUAUCGUUAGCUUCAUUUUUAAUUUUGAAGGAAUUGUGAAGUGCCUCUCGCCUGCACGUAGAUUUAAUCCCUCCUAAUAUGUCGAUCCCGUUUCACUAUCUGAGUAAAGGAUUCUAACUCUGUAAUACAACUAAGGCAUGAACUUACCUCAAAAAAGAGAAUUUUUCUGUAAGUACUGAUAUCAAAGAUGAGAAACUUAAAAUCUGCUACCCCUGAGAUGCUUGAUUGUAGCUUUCAAAAUUUUAUUUCUAUCGACAAAUUGACUCUAAAAACUAAACCUACAAAUCAAUGGUGAAACUGCCGAAAUGCGUUUUCCGGUUUGGAAUGUUGCAGACUUCCUUUUAUAUGUUACUUUCUACGUGGAAAACCACUCUACGUCUUUUCUUGAAAACUUUGGUGACUUUUUUUCUUUAUGUGGAGAAUAUUCUAUGAAAAUUUCAAGUCAUGAUAUCCGUUUGAUCCCCUUUUUUAGCAAAUAAAAAAAGAACUGAGAUUUUAAAAGACUGCCACGGAGACACUUAUUUUUGCAGUUUCCCUGUCGAUAUGAAGAUGAUAGUUUUGACAGCUCUCAGUAGCCAUUAUCGACCGUUAAAGCAAUCUAGAUAAGAGUACUCUGAAAGAACUCUUCAGUUUGUACAUACGUUCACUCUUCAUAAUUGGAGAGUCUUUAAAAAUCGCUUCUUCAAAGUUUCUUCAUAAUUUAGAGUUUUGAGGUAUUUCAUCCUUAUCAUGAAUCAUUUUUGAACAGUAAGUAAACCAUCCUAAAUUUCGUAUUUAUUUUUUGACUAGAACUAUUCUAAUCUGUAGUGUUAUCUGUAAACAGUGUUUCAGUUUACUUAAAGAUCUUUAACUAGUCCUAUGCAUCAAUGGUGAAAUAAAAAAACUACAAACUUCGAUCACAUUAUUUUAUAAUCUUAGCUCAAUUUUUGUCCAGGAAUUAUUACCUGAUAUUUCUCUACAAAAAUCUGCAAAGAUUAUGGAUAACAAGGUUUUAUAAAAUCCCUUAAUAAUGUAUGUAACCAUAGUUAUCUGUCAUUAUCUGGAAAACUAAAAUACAACUGAAAAUCUUCAACGUCAUAAACCAAAGCCCAGGCUUCCCCAAUUACAAUAUUGGUUCUUGUUACCGAGGACCCUGCAAGCGUCCAUUGAACUAUUAAACUUUUCUGAACUUUAAAAGUUAUGGAAAAUUCGACUUUGUUAUUUUAUUGGCACUUUGUGAAAGGCGUAAAAUUAAGUUGAACAAUAUAAAAUGUAACAAUAUUAAAUGUAACAAAGUAAGUGAAUAGGUAAUCUUUGCAAAAUCUCACUUCUUCAUUAAAAAGAAGAAGCUUACUGGAUUUUUAACCCUCCAGCAGAAAUCGUCAUCAAGCAUUUAAAAUUGUUGGGAAUCUUUUGUGGGUCAGUGGCACAAGAACAGUUCUAUUACUUUUUGUAAAAAUAUUAAAUGAACUGAGCUCAGAACAUUUUUCACAAUGGUUUUCUGAUAUGGGAUCAUGGAAAGAAGUUACUUCAAACGUUGAAGGUUUAAAGCACCCCGUUAGGUCACUCAGCAGCAUUUCCUAGUCAUGUAAAUCCAAGUAUUUCAAUGCCUUGGCGUAUUUUGUCAUAACUCUUCUAGUACUUGUAUGAUUUAAAAACGCAGGAUGUUUUUAUUCUUAGCCCACUAGAUAGUUUUAAUAUUUAAACAAAAAAUGAUUGCAUUCUGACCCCUGCCACUGACCUAUGAAUAUCUUUUUGUACGUUUUUGAAUCCGUGCUCUCGUGUAAAUUUUCGUAUCCUGAUUCCUGGUUCACUCCCCAAUUCCUUGCUACGUCUUGAAUCCAUGUUAUUGGAUUCAAACCUCGUGAUGAGCCUGCGUAAAUUAUUGCUUUUUGUACUAUGUAUUGUAGUUAUUAACGAAUGAUUCAGAUACCUCCUUAGUUUUAGACGUAAUCUUAAGGUGUAUUUCUUGCAUUAGAUACUAUCUUUGUGAAAAAGACACCAAGUAACUCAAUUGCUUGCAUUCCCUGUGCCGUGCAGAAAGUAUCAUUGAUCAGGCCAUUAAAUUUGACUGACUUUGCUUUGAUUUUAAAGUCCAAACUUCAAGGAGCUUUACGAGAUGCUCGAAAUCUUUGUAUUAUACACAGCUUACUUUAAAGUAUGAUUUUUUCUCCAUGCAUUAUUUUCUUGCAGUUGCUCCAGUAAUUUGACUUUUGACGGCAAAAGAGGUGCUAAUUAUUAAUGCUGAGUUUAUGCCAAAGUAGCCAGCAGCCUGAUUCUUGAAAUUUUAACUGGCAAUGUCCUCAAGAUAAGACAAGACAAAGCCCUAUCUGUGCCAUGUAAUGUAUCGAUUUUCGAUUCUUGUCAUGCCGACACAAAUUUCAACAAGCAGGCUGCAACUGCCUUUUUAGUGAGAAGGAAAAUCUGCUGUCUUGAUUUUUGCUUUUAUGUAAUUCUAAUGUGGAAAUGAAGGCGGCAGACCUUCAGUUUCCCUCGUUAAUCUGACUUUAAUUUGGCAUGAACUUUGGGGCUGUUCCUAAAACACGCAACGCUUCAAGGUGGGAGGGAGGGUUGAGAAGAGCGUUUCACCAUUUUGUUUUUACAUGUUAAAGGACAGGAACCCAUGUCACAAAAGCGUUAUGAGGAGAGGGGGGAGGGUUGUGUGUGCGUGCGCAAAAAUCCGAGGUGUAGUAUUACGUAAUGGCCUCAGAAGUACGUUUGAGUUGGCAUAUUCUUCCUCAGUUUGCGUUCUCUUCAUUUUACUUCAUAUGUUUCAAGCAAUGUCUGGAUCAUGGGUUUUAUCAUAGAAGAUUACUUUCCCCUUUUCUGUCGUUUAAAAUCAAAAGUUUUGAAAUGUUGUUUCAAAAAAUUAUUUGCUCCUAAGACUUUCAAAAACGUUCCAUCUCCAAAAUUCACCUUUUUUAAGAUAAAGUUGAGAUCAUCGGCUUUGUAGGCUGCCUUUUUUGAGACAAUCAGAUUUAACCGCUUUGUCCCCACCUUAAGUACUAUUUCGAUGUUCAUGUUUGUCAGAAUUUGCAUAUUUUUGUCCUUUUGCCUGCAGCUCCUUUUGUCUGAUUUCUUUUACGAGUGCAUUCGGAAAAGAGGUUAUCGUUUAAUCGGGAGGUACAAAGAGAAGUAGGUAAUUAAAAGAAAUGCUGUACAGUCAAAUAAAAGUUACUGACCUUGACUGGCUCAUGUAGUAACCAAUCGUCAUUAAUUUAAUUUCCUAGAGAAAAUGAUGGAAAUACUCUUUCAAUUAGGAACUUUCAAAAGAGACAAUUACGAUUCCUAAUGAUCUGAAGUCAAACACAUGAAAAAUGUCUACAGUUUAAGAUAAAUCAAUAAUUUAAACAAAUUUUCUCAAGAACAAUAAUUUUCAUUUGAUCUGGGAGUGUGGUUACAGAUCCUGAAUUAUUCUGUCACAUUCUCUGAACGUUAUUCAGAAUUUACUUAAUGUUUCAAAGGCUUUUAAUUCAAUCUCACUGCCGUAAUAAUAGUAUUAAGUUCAGUCUAGGAAGCCAUGGUUGCAGGAAUUGCUUGUUCUUGCAAAAGUUUGAUUUCAUUCAAAUAUUGUCAGAAGGUGAUAAUUUAUUGCCUCUUAUCGGACCAAUGGUUAUACUAGCGCUAAAAUUUAAAGUGCUCUUUUUACUUUAUUUUCUAUUUUCCUAACGUUACAGUAAUUAUGUACCCCAAGCUAUUUUGCUCAGUAAUUAGCUACUAAUAGUGUGUCAUAACAGAAAGGUUCAAAGAUGCCUCCUUAUUGUCAAUUCAAAUUUCUUGAAAAAUGCAGUGUAAAGGGGGUUUUGUAAAUCUUCUCUCAAUAAACGGCAGCAGUUUACUCCAAAAUUACAACAUUUUUAAAAUUAUAAAAAGAGUUCUCGCAUGCAAUGGGGAAACCCAAUUUUUAUCAAGCAUCCGAAAAUUGUAGAAAGCUGACAUCCUCAGUUUUCAGUUUCUCAAGUUUCACUGCUGAUGGUUCUUUUUUUCUUUUUAAGUGUCGCUAUAAUGCUCAAAGGAGAAUGCCUUAAUUUUUCAGUGAACACCAUUCAGUACAAAGAGACUUGAAGGAAUUGAGUGUACAGUGAUUUUGAAAAUGAAUUUAAAAUUCUUUGCGACUGCUUUUAAUGCUCUCUCAAUGGCCAUCUCGACAUCCUGUGCUUGUAUUGGAUAUUGUUUCACGAUUUUUCAACCUUGCGUUUGAUUUAGAGAGCCUUGAAGUUUGAUACUUUUACUAUUUUUUUUCUGUUUGCAAGUAAAUAUUUUUGUAGAACUUCAACCAUGUUGAUGACUUUGUUGUAGAUUAUAGGAAAAAAGGUUGGAUUCUGGACAGGAGGGAAUUUGACUCUUUUAAAUCAAAUUUGCCACUUAUAUAGAUGACUUUUUACUCUCUAUUUUUAUGAAAGGAAGAGUGAAGUUCUAAAGUCUUAAGGUUAGACUAAGGUCUAAAAAUAAAAAUUUUCACUAAUUGUCUGAAACAGCAGCUUUGUUGAAGCCUUAGGUCUAUAAUCUUUAACAUAGUUGCCCAAGCCCCAUAUAGAUUAUUGUCCGAUCGUUUUUAAUACUCGAAUAGAAAUUUAUUUGAUCUCAAAGUAAAGUUUCUUGGUCCGAGGGCCAAUUUUUGUGGAAUGGUGGUGUUUAUAUAAAUUACUAUGCCGCGUUUAAUCUACAACAUUGUUGCCCGAUAAGUUUAUUCUUCAAAUUGGACAGUUAUUUUUUUAAAAGUUGUCUAUUUUGUGUAUCGAUUCUUUUCCCUGUUUAAAGUUUACGAAAGAUUAAAGAAUUUGAGAGCUCUCUAUUUUUGAACUAUUUAUCUACUAAACAUUUGAAAUAGCUAAAGGUUUUCUAUGAAAUUUCUAGGGCUGGAAUCUGUUCGAGAAGUUUCAUAACUUGUAAGAAAAACCAAUUUUCCCUCAGUUGUGAACAUUACAAUUGUAUUCAUACUAGUGCUUAUUAAUAAUGGGUAUUUUAGCUUCUAGGAAGUUAUCUUUCUAGAAGCAUGGUAUUAAUUGAAAGAACAGAAUUUUUGCAAGCUGAACUAAAAAUGUUUUAAAAUAAUUAUAAAUUUCAAUGUCGAACACUUCAUUGCAGCACUAGUUCUAUCUUUAAUUUUUUCCUGCUAGUCUAAUUAUCUAAAUUCUUAAGUAAAAUCAAACUUACGAAGCGAUAUUAAAAAAACUAGCAGAAAUGUCUUAUUUCAGUCUUGCAAUUUAAAAAAGUGCUGUUAAAUUUUUAAAGUUUGUAAUUCGAGGACAUCUGUUCACCAUGUUGUCUCAGGAAAGUUUGCAAUUUGAAUGUUUCCGAAAAGAAAAUUAAGUAAAUUUACAAAUAAUGAAUGUGUGAAAGAAUGAAAUGUAUGGAAGACUACACCGAUAAAAGAAUCUGGUGGUAUCCCUCCAAGACGUAUAGAAAAUUUUAAUGAUAAUUAAUUUUUCCGUGAAGACAAAGAAUAUUGUUGCUGGGUCAGUAGAUAUAAAUCAAAGCACUGAGUUGUUUACAGGCCUCUCCAAAAUUUCAUAAAAAUAGCGGUGCUAUUGAUGUUGAUGAUUUAUAGUGAGAAAUUUCAUUCAUCGAUUAUGUCAUUGCAAUUGAACUUUCAUCAUCCGUAUCUCAUUGCCAUUCACCCAAUUUUCUAUUGUACUUCCUACGAAAUAUUUUGAAGAGGAUACUGUAAAAUUGGCUACUGAUCCAUCAACAUCAUGUCUUGUCCAACAUUUUUUGUAGAAAUACCACUCUUUGCUUAAUAAGCCGUAGCAAGUAUUUACCGAGCUUUUAUUUUUCAGGUUCAAAAUGUUAAUUUUUCAUGUUAUGUAAGUACUAACUUUAACUUAUUUAUUUAACAGCAAAGUCAAUGAUCCAUCUGUUAAUUAUGUAAUUAUAUGUAAUAAUAUACCUUGAAUUUUCUUGAA